AUGGCUAAUAGGACGUCACGUCCACGUAUGAGAGAAGACGAAGCUGAAGAACUGAUCGUCGCACAGGGAUAUAGAAAAACGAAUAUGCGCCUUCACGACGGACAUAAUGGUGGUGUCUGGAAAGCUGGAAAUAAGAAGUGGGCUGAAAAUGGAGGUAGAAGCGCGAGUCGAAGCGGAACCUAUGACGAAAAUUUGAAUAGAAUUGGAGAUUAA